AUGUCCCGCCUUCGCGACCCAGCGGAAUAUGUAUCGAAAGCAAAACAUAGAUGGGCCGGUCACAUUAUGAGGAGAAUCGAAGAUAGAUGGACUAAAAGAACGCUAGAGUGGAUCCCAAGGGACGCUAGACGCCCUCGAAGGAGACCGCCAACGAGAUGGGGUGACGUGUUCGCUACACGGAUGGACCUGCUGAGAGCUCAGGACCUCGUCAACGUCACUCACGAAGCUUGA